AUGCAGUCAUUAUUUAUUCAGAAUGGGAAGGAGACACCCGAGCUUGUGAAAGCUCAAGUGAAAGGUUGUGUGCCCACAUGGCUGCAUGGCACGCUGAUAAGGAACGGGCCUGCAUUAUUUUCUGUGGGUGACUCGGAGUACAACCACUGGUUCGAUGGGAUGUCCCUUAUUCACAGCUUCACUUUCAAAGACGGUGAGGUGUUUUACAGAAGCAAGUUCCUGAAGAGCCACACCUAUAAGAAAAAUAUUAAGGCUGACCGGAUUGUUGUCUCCGAGUUUGGCACCAUGGUCUAUCCCGACCCUUGCAAAAACAUCUUCUCCAGGGUAUUCACGCAUCUCAGCAACAUCAUUCCCGACUUUACCGACAACAACAUGAUUAACAUCAUUCGCUACGGUCAGGACUACUACGCCUCCUCUGAAAUCAACUACAUGAACCAAAUCAAUCCUGUCACUUUGGGCACCAUAGGAAGAAUCAACUACAGGGACCAUAUUGCUAUCAAUUUGGCAACAGCUCACCCUCACUAUGACGAUGAAGGCAACACAUACAACAUGGGAACCGCCAUCAUAGGUCUUGGUCCACCAAAGUAUGUCAUCUUUAAAGUCCCAGCUGAUGCGUCAGGUAAUCCUGAGCAGAAGAACCCCGCCCUGCGGCAGGUGCAACAGAUCUGCUCACUUCCUUUUCGCUCCAAGCUGUUCCCAAGCUACUUCCACAGCUUUGGCAUGACUGAGAACUUCAUCAUAUUCGUGGAGCAACCGUUCAAAUUGGACGUUGUCAAACUGGCGACCGCCUAUUUCCGUGGCAUUAACUGGGGAAGCUGCCUCAAGUUCGACAAGGACCACCCUACCUUCUUUCACCUUUUCAGCCGGACGACCGGGAAGAGGGUUUCCACUUGUUUCUAUGGUGACGCCCUGGUGGCCUUUCAUCACAUUAAUGCCUACGAGACUGAUGACCAUGUGGUGUUCGACCUAAUUGCCUAUAAGGACAGCAAUCUCUACGAUAUGUUCUACAUGAAGAUUCUGAGGAUGAAUACCAGCAGCUUCAUUGAGGUCAACUCCAACUCCUCGCCACCAGUUAGCCAGCGGUUCGUCCUACCGCUGCAUGUCAACAAGGACUCACCAAAAGGAGCCAACCUGGUGACUCUUGCAGACACGACUGCCACAGCAAUCAUGACGGACGACGGUGAAGUCUACUGCCAGCCGGAAACUCUGUUCCAAGGUCUGGAGUUGCCCAACAUCAACUACAAGUUCAAUUGCAAGAAGUACAGAUACUUCUAUGGCUCAAAAGUGGACUGGUUGCCACAACCAAACAAGAUCAUCAAGUUUGACACAGUCGCCAGGACCCAUGUGGAAUGGCAUCAGGACAACUGCUACCCAUCAGAACCUGUGUUUGUUGCGUCACCCGGAGCAGUGGACGAAGAUGACGGUGUGAUCUUAUCAUCCGUCAUCUCACCAGACCCUAACACCUCGCCAUUCAUGCUUGUGCUCGACGCCAAGACAUUGGAGGAGCUGGCACGGGCUGCUAUUCCUGCCAGUGUUCACUUGGACCUUCAUGGACUUUUCAUCCACAAUGCCAACUGACAGCCAAAAAAUCAAAAGUACUCAAACUCUGUACUCAAGCACAA